AUGUUGGGAGCCAAAUUAGGUAAAUAUUUAAUUCUGCCUUCCUCUCUCUAUUUUAGCUGGACCAGACCAAUUUUGAGGAAAGGGUACAGACAACGCCUGGAAUUAUCAGACUUAUACCAAAUUCCCUCGGGUGACUCUGCUGACAAUCUCUCAGAAAAGCUGGAAAGAGAAUGGGACAGAGAGUUGGCAUCAAAGAAAAAUCCCAAACUCAUCAAUGCCCUUCGGCGGUGCUUUUUCUGGAGAUUUAUGUUCUAUGGAAUCUUGUUAUACUUAGGGGAAGUCACCAAAGCAGUCCAGCCCCUCUUACUCGGAAGAAUCAUAGCUUCUUAUGAUCCGGAUAACAGGGAAGAGCGCUCCAUUGCCAUUUACCUGGGUGUUGGCUUGUGUCUUCUCUUCGUGGUGAGGACGCUACUCCUACACCCCGCCAUCUUUGGCCUCCAUCACAUCGGCAUGCAGAUGAGAAUAGCAAUGUUUAGCUUGAUUUAUAAGAAGACAUUAAAACUGUCAAGCCGUGUUCUAGAUAAAAUAAGUAUUGGACAACUUGUCAGUCUCCUUUCCAACAACCUGAACAAAUUUGAUGAAGGACUGGCACUGGCACAUUUUGUGUGGAUCGCUCCGUUACAGGUGGCACUCCUCAUGGGACUCAUCUGGGAGCUGCUGCAGGCCUUUGCCUUCUGUGGACUCGCCUUCCUGAUCAUCCUCGCCCUCGUCCAAGCUGGCUUAGGGAAAAUGAUGAUGAAGUACAGAGAUAAGAGAGCGGGAAAGAUCAAUGAAAGAUUGGUUAUCACCUCGGAAACAAUUGAGAAUAUCCAGUCUGUGAAAGCAUAUUGCUGGGAGGAAGCCAUGGAAAAAAUGAUUGAAAACCUAAGAGAAAUAGAGCUGAGCCUGACCCGGAAGGCAUCCUAUGUGAGGUACUUCAACAGCUCAGCCUUCUUCUUCUCAGGGUUUUUUGUGGUCUUUCUGUCUGUGCUGCCUUAUGCACUGCUCAAAGGGAUCGGUCUUCGAAGAAUAUUCACCACCAUCUCGUUCUGCAUCGUUCUGCGCAUGGCUGUCACGAGGCAGUUCCCCUGGGCUGUGCAAACGUGGUACGACUCGCUGGGAGCCAUCAACAAAAUACAGGAUUUCUUACAAAAGCAAGAGUAUAAGACAUUGGAGUACAACUUAACAACGACAGCUGUAAUUAUGGAGAAUGUAACCGCCUUCUGGGACGAGGGAUUUGGAGAACUAUUUGAGAAAGCAAGACAAAAUAAUAACAAUGGAGAAAUUCCCAAUGGUGAUAACAGCCUCUUCUUCAGCAACUUUUCACUUCUUGGUACUCCUGUCUUGAAGAACAUCAAUUUCAAGAUAGAGAGGGGACAGCUGUUGGCCGUUGCUGGAUCUACUGGAGCAGGCAAGACUUCACUUCUAAUGAUGAUAAUGGGAGAGCUGGAACCCUCAGAGGGUAAGAUUAAGCACAGUGGAAGAAUUUCAUUCUGCUCUCAGUUUGCCUGGAUCAUGCCUGGCACCAUUAAAGAGAACAUCAUCUUCGGUGUCUCCUACGAUGAGUAUAGAUACAGGAGUGUCAUCAAAGCCUGCCAACUAGAAGAGGACAUUUCUAAGUUUGCAGAGAAAGAUAAUAUAGUUCUUGGAGAGGGUGGAAUCACGCUGAGUGGAGGACAACGGGCCAGGAUCUCGUUGGCAAGAGCAGUAUAUAAAGAUGCUGAUUUGUAUCUGUUAGACUCUCCUUUUGGAUAUCUAGAUGUAUUAACUGAAAAAGAAAUUUUUGAAAGCUGUGUCUGUAAAUUGAUGGCAAACAAAACGAGGAUUUUGGUUACUUCUAAAAUGGAACAUCUAAAGAAAGCUGACAAAAUAUUAAUCUUACAUGAAGGCAGCAGCUAUUUUUAUGGGACGUUUUCUGAACUACAGAAUCUCCGGCCAGACUUUAGCUCAAAGCUCAUGGGCUAUGACUCCUUUGACCAGUUUAGUGCAGAAAGAAGAAACUCAAUCCUAACAGAGACCUUACGGCGCUUCUCGUUAGAAGGAGAUACUGCAGUCUCCUGGAAUGAAACAAAAAAACAAUCCUUUAAACAGACCGGAGAGUUGGCUGAAAAGAGGAAGAACUCCAUUCUCAACUCAAUCAACUCCAUGAGAAAGUUUUCAAUAGUGCAGAAGACACCACUGCAAAUGAAUGGCAUUGAGGAAGAUUCCGAUGAGUCCUCUGAGAGAAGGCUGUCCUUGGUUCCUGAUUCAGAGCAGGGAGAGGCUAUCCUACCUCGAAGUAAUGUGAUCAACACGGGCCCCACCUUCCAGAGACGGAGGAGGCAGUCGGUUUUGCACCUAAUAACUAGGACUUCAGUCAACCAAGGUCCAAGCAUUCACCAAAAGACAGCAGCAUCCACACGAAAAAUGUCCCUGGCCCCUCAGACUAAUUUUACAGAAAUGGAUAUAUAUUCAAGAAGGUUAUCUCAAGACAGUGGCUUGGAAUUAAAUGAAGAAAUUAAUGAAGAAUAUCUAAAGGAGUGCUUUUUUGAUGACAUGGAUAACAUACCAGCAGUGACCACAUGGAACACAUACCUUCGAUAUAUUACUGUCCACAAGAGCUUAAUUAUUGUGCUAAUUUGGUGUUUAGCUAUUUUUCUUGCUGAGGUGGCUAUUUCUCUGGUUGUUUUGUGGCUACUUAAGACAUCACCUUUUCAAGUCAAUGGUAAUAAUACUACUGUGGGUGCAAACAGCAGCCGUGGCGUGAUCAUCACCAGCACCAGCUCGUUUUAUGUUUUUUACAUUUAUGUGGGAGUAGCCGACUCUUUGCUUGCUCUGGGAUUCCUCAGAGGUUUACCCCUGGUGCAUUCACUAAUCAAAGUGUCGAAAAUUUUACACCAAAAAAUGUUACAUUCUGUUCUCCAUGCACCUAUGUCAACCCUCAACACACUGAAAGCAGGUGGAAUUCUUAACAGAUUUUCCAAAGAUAUAGCAAUUUUGGAUGAUCUUCUCCCUCUCACCAUAUUUGACUUCAUCCAGUUGAUAUUAAUUGUAAUUGGUGCUGUAGCAGUCGUCUCGGUUUUACAACCUUACAUCUUCCUAGCAACGGUGCCUGUGAUGGUCGCAUUUAUUUUAUUGAGAGCAUACUUCCUCCACACCUCCCAGCAACUCAAGCAAAUGGAAUCUGAAGCCAGGAGUCCAAUUUUCACUCAUCUUGUGACAAGCUUGAAAGGACUCUGGACACUCCGUGCCUUUGGCCGUCAGCCUUACUUUGAAACUCUGUUCCACAAAGCUUUGAAUUUGCACACUGCUAACUGGUUCCUGUUCCUGUCCACACUUCGCUGGUUCCAAAUGAGAAUUGAAAUUAUUUUUGUCGUCUUCUUCAUUGCUGUUACCUUCAUUUCCAUUUUAACAACAGGUGAUGGACAAGCAACAGUUGGUAUUAUUCUCACAUUAGCUAUGAACAUCAUGAGCACUUUGCAGUGGGCUGUAAACUCCAGCAUCGAUGUGGACAGUUUGAUGCGAUCUGUGAGCCGGGUCUUUAAGUUUAUCGACAUGCCAACAGAAGAAAGUACACCUUAUCAGUCGGUCCAAUGCUUUAAGGGUGCUCAGCUCUCCAAAGUGAUGAUUAUUGAGAAUCAGCAUGUGAAGAAAGAGGGCCAGUGGCCCUCAGGGGGUGAAAUGACGGUCAAAGACCUCACGGCAAAAUAUAUCGAUGGUGGCAGUGCCAUCCUAGAGAACAUUUCCUUCGCCAUAAGUCCUGGUCAGAGGGUGGGCCUGUUGGGAAGAACGGGAUCUGGGAAAAGCACAUUGUUAUCAGCGUUCUUGAGACUGCUGAUCACUGAGGGAGAAAUCCGGAUUGAUGGUGUGUCUUGGGAUUCAACAACCUUGCAACAGUGGAGAAAAGCCUUUGGAGUCAUCCCACAGAAAGUAUUCAUCUUUUCUGGAACAUUUAGAAAAAACCUGGAUCCCUAUGAACAGUGGAGUGAUCAAGAAAUAUGGAAAGUGGCAGAUGAGGUUGGACUCAAAUCUGUAAUAGAGCAGUUUCCUGGGAACCUUGAUUUUGUCCUUGUGGAUGGGGGCUACGUCCUAAGCCAUGGCCACAAACAGUUGAUGUGCUUGGCCAGAUCUGUACUCAGUAAGGCCAAGAUCGUGCUGCUUGAUGAACCCAGUGCUCAUUUGGAUCCCAUAACAUACCAAGUCAUUCGGAGAACCCUCAAACAAGCAUUCGCUGACUGCACGGUAAUCCUGUGUGAACACAGGAUAGAAGCAAUGCUGGAGUGUCAGCGGUUUUUGGUCAUAGAGGAGAACAGAGUGCGGCAGUACGAAUCCAUCCAGAAGCUGCUGAGUGAGAAGAGCCUUUUCCGGCAAGCCAUCAGCUCCUCGGACCGCCUGAAGCUCUUCCCUCACCGGAACUCAAGCAAACACAAGUCCAGACCCCAAAUCACCGCUCUGAAGGAGGAGACAGAGGAAGAGGUGCAAGAAACCCGGCUUUAG